AUGCAAACUCGCAGUCAAACCCGUCAGCCAGUCCAACCACCCAAGGAAGCCGCCUAUACACAAGCUUCCAAUCCAGUCUCACAAACCCCAUCCGAGCAGCGCGCACCGCCUCCCACACGCCAGUACGGCGACCCAACCCCCUCAAUCACCCGAGGACCCAGCUCCAACCCAUCCAACGACGAAGCCCUCGCUCGUCUCCAGGAACAGCAUCGCCAAGAACAAGAGCAAAUGCAAAAGUCACCGGACGUUGACCUGGAAUACGGUGUGGAGCAACAGCCCGCCGAGGGAUACAUUGCUGACACCGUCGCGCGUAAGGGGAUGGGCAUGCAACGGGCGCAGGAUGGUGCUCAUGCCGGCCCUGUUGGUAGUGCUGCGGGGCCUGGACAUCCGGGCUUUGGGGAAGAGAGAGAUUUGGCGGCGAAUAUGGAGCAGAAGAAGGCUGAGCAUGAGCGCAUGUUGGGUGAGAAGGUUGGAAGGAGCCCUGCGGGUCCGGAUGCUGAGGUUGUAGAGAGAGAGGCUGUCAGGGAGCGCAAGUUGAAGAGGAAUGAGGAGGUGGAGGGGGUGCUCAAGGAGUCAUCGGAGACGCCUGUUGUUGGUUAA